CAGCUCAACGUCAGGGAGCAGGCGUACAACCCCAAGUUCUACGAGACGGUCGGCAAGAUCAUGAAGCUGCGUGAGAAGUACCUGCGCGACCGCUGCAUCUUUGUCGAGUCGGACGAGAUGGUCGAGCUCAUGCUGGGCCUGGGUGCCAAGGAGUCCGACAUCCCCGGCAUGAAGACGGUCUCGGACAAGCUGUACCACGACCCGACGCUGCCCUUCCGCAGGACGCGCAACAGCCGCUUCUGCCUCGACUUUGACACGCACUCGAUCCGCCGCCUCGAGUUCCAGCCGUUUGUGCUGACGGUCGAGGAGGACUUCAACCGCUACGACUCGGGCGCCAUCCGCCGCUUCGACGAGGUGCAGAACGACCUGCAGCUCAACUCCGUCUUCCAGGCGCUCUUCGCCUUCAAGGCCAUGAUCAUCCACGGCAUGGAGAUUGCGCACCGGCCCAAGCUCGAGUACGGCCUCAACAAGUGGGUGUGCACCCUCUUCAACCUGCGCACCGUCACCACGCCCCAUAUCCUGGGCGAGCCGGCCCUCGAGGGCGUCCACUCGGACGGCGUCGACCACACCAUGACCACCUUCCUCGGCAGCUACAACAUGUCGGACAACAGCGCCGCCACCUUCAUGCACAGCAUGGACGAGAAGACGGGCAUCCCCCUGGAGGAGAUCCAGCCCAAGCACCUGCUCGCCCGCGUCCAGCACAAGAAGUUCCUCGACACGCUCAUGAUUGUCGACCAUGAGCGCAAGCACAGUCUCUCAGCUGUGUAUCCCGUCGACAAGACCAAGGAGGCUCAUCGUGACAUGCUGGUCUUCUUCACCCGCAAGCCUGUUGACCGGUCUCACGUUUCGGGCUCGAUUGACUCGCUCACCCCGCACAAGGAGCUGCCCAUGGAGAUUCCUCUCUACUUGCCUGGCGCCAACUAA